CACAGUUGUCAUACUGGUUUUUUCGAACCGAAAAAAAUUGUGUGUUACCUAUUCAUCAUUCAGAGGAGAUAAUUUGUAGUACGUAAGCCUUUUCACUUUUGCAAAGUAAAAGCAGUGUUGUAGGCGAGGUAUCUUAGGUGCAUAAACUUUUCAAUACCACUUGGAUCCAUCGGUAUCGCAAUCCGUAAGGUAGCCAUCAACCAGCCAUCGGGUUUCGCACAGCAGGCAAAAGGUGGAUCGGCCGACGGAGGUACCUGCCCUCAUUCGAAGAUUAAGGAGAAAUUUACGUAGUUUAAAUUGUUCCGGAUUGUUCGCAUCAAAACUGGCAAGGGAGUCUUGCGGCUAGUGUCCUGCGUAUUCCAGGGUGUACAGUGUUUAAAUUGUGAUUACCAGCUGCAGAGUUUUGAAAAGUGAAAAUUAUACAUAAGUGUAGAUCAAACAGGAACGAGAGAUAAGGUGAACGGCAGAUCCGGGAAAAUGUCAGAAAAGCCAGUGCAUAAGUUGUCGGAAUCGGAUGACUUUACCGAUAAUUCUGCUGAUAACACCAAUGAUGCAGCCCGGGAGGACACAUCGCAGCAGAGCGGGUUGGCCACGGUAGAGUCGGAAUAUGACACCGCGUCAGAUUCGCCAUCAGACGGGGAAGAGUACGAUGAUCAGGAAGAUGAGAGCGAUAGUGGUGAGGAAGAAGAGCUAGCGGGAAGUGAUGCAGAAGACGGCGAUGAAGAGGAAGAGGGGGAUGAGGGUUCUGAUGAUGAUGUGAUUGAAGUGUUGGACUAUGAGCGCCAGAGUGGCGAUGGUCAGGAACAGGAAGCGGAUAGCAAACGAAAGGUAGAUGACGAUGAAGACCGCAGUAAUCCGCAGUACAUACCGAAGAAGGGAACAUUCUACGAGCAUGACGAUCGUACGGUGGAAGACGAGGAUGAUGAUAAAGACGCGGAUGAUGAAAAUACUAAAAACGAUGACGCUCCGGGAGUGAAUGGUGACAGAAAGGGGGUCGAUAAAAAUGCUGCGUCGAAGACGAUGAAAAAGUGGCAAGCUUCAACAGAUAGGUGGACGCAUGAUCGGUUCGAUGAGUGUGAGCAAGCCCCAAAGUCCAGGGCAGAACUAGUUUCUGCUUACGGCUAUGAUAUUCGUAGCGAAGAUGGUCCACCACGUGCUCGAAGGCGAAGACGUUAUGCUCGAGGUCCCAAUAAGUACACAAGAAACUGGGAGGAUGAGGACGCCUAUUCCAAAUCGAACAGUAACCCGGAACAUAACCGACUGCGAAAGGUUCCACGACCGGAAGACUUUCCAGAGCUGGGGACGAACAAUGGUAAAAUCCGAAGUGGUCAAAACGCGCGUCGUCUUAGUAAACAGGGUCGAGCUGCCUCGAUCAAUGAUAGGUUGGAUGAUCGUAGUGGUGGACGACAACGCCCUGAACGCAGAAUCAGCGAACGGAAUCGAACUAGCAAUAGCAGCCGAAGUAUAGCUGAUCGAGAUCGUGGUAUAGACAGAGAUCGAUAUGACCAGCGUCUAGAUAGAGUUGACCGGAUGGACAGGGAACGUGAUCGAGAUCGUAAUUGGGAUCGCGAUCGGGAUUAUGACCAGCAAGAUGGUAACUACCGAGAUGCUCGAACCGACGGAAGUCGGUACAGUUCUGACAGAGUUAGCAACAGCUACAACAAUAAGGAAAACAAAAUAAACAUUCGCACUAGUAAGGAGAAGGAUCGACGGGGUCCGGAUUAUAAGGUCAUUACUUCACUUCAGUUUAAAAAUCAGAGCAGAAAUAAAAAUGCGGAUCCUGGAAUGGCGAUUGCUGGUGCAGGUGGAGGUGGUGGUGGUGCUAAUCAGGUUGCUCAUAGCAACAGUCUAGGAGCACUUUCAGGCAGCAGUAAUAGCAACAAAAUGAAUAAUGCCAUGGAGCGCGUCCAAACUGUUUCCGAUCGUAUGCUGGACCAAAGAGCAUUGCAUCACAAUUACCAAAAUCAACCACCUCAGUUGAUUCCACAGCAGCAAAUGCCUCCACCACAACUACAGCAAAUUCAGCAACCUCAGUCGCAGCCACCACCGCAACAAAUACCACAUCAUCAACAGACAUCUUAUGUCAGUGAUGAUCAUUAUGAUUCCUAUAGUGAUUCGAAAAUGCCGAAAGAUGCAAAGUUUCCAUAUAAUCCGCCGGCCAAUGCCACUAUUCAAUCGGUAGAAAUUGGUCAAACAGACAUUGCAAAAUACCCCCCUCCUGCUGCUCAGAGAACCAAUAAAGAACGACAGCAAGUGCUUCCUACAACGGCUGGUGUAUCAUUGAGCACCCGAUCCCAAAUUUCACCUCGACAAAUAGUUUCCACCCAGGCUAGUCAGUUAACAACGAUUUCAACGACCCAGCAGCAGCAACUGGCACAUCAACAACAGCAAAUGCAGCAACAAACUCAGCAACAACAGUAUCAACAACUUCAACAGCAGCAGGCACAAUAUCAGCAACAAUUGCAUACGUUGACCAAUCAACCUGCAGCACCGACGGUAUCGCAAUCUCCACAGACUCAAGUUCCCCCUCCACAACUACCGCAACAGCAGGCGCCUUCCCAAUUACCGCAACCCGUAACGGCUCAAAUGCAUAACGUACAUCUUGGUGGCGCAUUAGCAAGUGCAACCGUCAGUCAACAGCAGUUAAUGGCUGGUGAUAGCAGUUCUCGAUCAGCGAAACGAUAUUCAAGUCUCCGUCAGCGGUCCGCACUGGAUAACCCAAAUGUUGUGGUAGUGCAGUCCCCCAUGCACGAACAGCAGCAACAACAGCUACUACAACAACAGCAACAGCAGCAGCUCCUUCUCCAGCAAGAACUACAACAUCAACAGCAGCAGAAGCUAAGUGCGCAAGCACCUAAACAGAGUUAUCAACUAAAUCAAACGCCGCAGCAACCAACGUUACCCCUGACUCUACAAAAUGAAUACUUGGUUCAAACGGCAAGUCAAUCGAAUGCCUCAAACAAACCGCAAUCUGUGAGCCAAGCUCCCGUUCAAUACCAACAUUCAGCAGGGUACUACACAGCAACUACUCCAACCGCGAAUGAAUUUGUUACUGGCAGCCCAUCUCAACAAGUCCAACAGCAACCAACAGUUGCCUCAGUUCCCGUGGUUCCCCAACAGCAAAAUGCAAUUCUAACUGCCCCGCAAUAUCCGCAAUACAACCAGCCGACUUCCGCCGCCCAUCAGUAUAUUCAAGCUCCCCCACCUGCUGCAUACAUCCCACAAACAACUGCAACUCCUCAGCCCACACCCCCAUCUGCACCAGCCGCCCCACCACCACAAAUUUUGAAUUACGUCCCGACAAUUACACCAGCAACCCCAACCCAGUACCCAGCCGCACCCUAUCCAGCCUAUCAGAAUUAUAACACGGUCGUGCCUCAACCGGUCGCUCCAGUGCCAGUACCACACACACCAUCGCCGUCGGCCGCCGCAGCAGCUCUCUAUCAGUCGAGUGGUGGUAUCACCUACUAUGCUCCACAGUCGCAAACACAAGCACCAAGGCCGUUGCCUUCCCUCCGACGACCAACCAGUGCGAUUCCUAUCUUGGCACCUCCAGACCGGAAAGCGAAAAACAACCGAUCUGGCACUGAUACAGCCGGUAACAGCGGGAACGAAAACGAAGAAAACGGCGGUGCUUCUGUUAGCAGUAGUGGGGGUACAACGGGAACCACCUCAACCAGUUCGGGUGCGAACGCUCCAAUUGGUAGUGACAUAGACCACAUUCUUGAUAACAUGUUUGUGCAGCGAGCUCCCUAUCAGCCACCAACCAGGAAAAGUCCUUCACCUGCGCCCGCAACGGCCACAGGAAUUCCCGGAAGUGCUACCGGUGUGGUUAAUAAGCUGGACACUGGAACGGGUCUGUCGUUGGAUGCUACGAAAGAGCUCGAUAAGGAAGCCAUUGAUAAAAUUGGCGAAUCGGUUAAGAAUCUUUCCAUCCAAGAUGCGAAGCUACCCAUCGUGGAUCCGCUGGCUGUCAGUGGUCAAAACGAGAAGCUCGAAACCGCACCCACUGCUGUUGAUUCCACGGCCGGUUGACACUACUAACUGUUGUUCCUUUUGUAGAUCAUCACUCAAUCAAGCCGAGGUGAAUUUGUCCGGCCGAACCCAACAAUUGUACCAAUAUGCAAACUUGUUUUAUCACUGUCCCCGCCAAAGAGUGGAGGUCACUUUGUAGUUUGUGUGCGAGCACGGAUGCCCGUUCCCUAUUCGAUUAGGGUGGGCUUCUUCUUUCCCUCUCUCACGUCAACUAUUGCGUUGUUACUGAACAAUGUAUGUUAACGCAUAUAAGUAAUCCUAGCGCUUUCUUCUUUGACCGUGUCAAAUAGAGUAGAGCUCGUGCAACAUAAAACGUAAGUUUGUUUGGUCUGCAUGGUUAGUUGUGAUCCAUAAGGUUAUUUUCUAUUGCCGGAUUAUAAGCUGAAUGCACUCCAGCGCCUAAUGUUAAGGUUUGUGUACGAGAUCAAUUAUUUUACGAACAAAAAUAUAUUAUCUUUGUACAAUCACACAAGAGCAUUUUGUAUGGUUCAUACAAUGGCAAUUGAAUGAAUUAAAUUGUUAUAAAUUCAAAAUUUUCAUCCAGGUGUUUCGAUUUUCUUUUAUUGGUCUAAUAAGCCCGCAUAAUUUUAUUUAUUAGUAUCGCAUGGUUUGUUGUUCGACAGCUUCGAACGAAAUCGUUAAUCUCCAACAUAUAUCAGUAAAUUCUAUGAGGCAACGAUAUUUAGUGUCACGUGCACAUAUUUUAUUUGAAUUGCACGCUUACAUAAUUAGUAAGUAUAUGUUUUUGUUAUGAUCAUUUUAUUGAAAAUCCUUUCAGAAUUAAUGUUUGUUUGCAAAAGGCAAAAUAUAGAAAAAAAGUGAUUGCUUGAGUUAGUUUUAAUAGUUAUAGUGAUUUGAAACUUUAGACCACUGACCGUAAAAAGAAGAAAUUGCAAGGAAACUUUAUUAAUUGUAUUAAUUGUAUUUAUAAUUCAAAUUUAUAUGAUAAGCGUUAAGUCUAUAGGAAGCAAAUGGAAAAAAAUAAUAAAAU